AGUAGUAAAGAGUACUUUCGAAAAGACUUAAAGAUGAAUAUCCAAAUUUUGUGUCCGUAUGGACUGAAGAGCAUAAUGGAGUGUAUUUCCAGGGCGACACUUCUCUCACAACCUACCGACAUCCCCGGCUUCUUACUGCAGUAUUUGUCAGAGCUGAUCAGUUUUAGAGAAUCGUACCCUAAAGAUGAUCCUAAGAUUGUUACCUUCUGCUACCAAGAGAUGUGGGAGAAUAAGUUCCUGAAAACAACAGUGAAUCCGAUCACCACCACCAAGACGUCACCAGAAGUUCCAUCUCAGACUGAGCUAAAGGAGGCCCUGAAGACACUCUACUCAGAUUUGGCGUCUUCUGCUGAACAAAAAAAGUUCAACCCAUUAGGAAAAGACAAAAAUCCCUCUGCAACUCCCAUGUUCAUAAAACCAGCACCACCUCCCUGUGUUGAAAGAAAGUUUGAGAAGAGUGUAGCACCACCUGUCCUUGUUGUUAAGGUAAAAGAGAAGCAUGCACUACCUCCCUGUGUUGGAAGAAAGUUUGGGAAGAGUGUAGCACCACAUGCCCUUGUUGAUAAAAGAGAAGAGAAGCAUGCAUUGCCUCCCUGUGUUGAAAGAAAGUUUGGGAAGAGUGUAGCACCACCUGUCCUUGUUGUUAAGGUAGACGAGAAGCAUGCACCACCUCCCUGUGUUGGAAGAAAGUUUGGGAAGAGUGUAGCACCACCUGUCCUUGUUGUUAAGGUAGAAGAGAAGCAUGCACCACCUCCCUGUGUUGGAAGAAAGUUUGGGAAGAGUGUAGCACCACCUGCCCUUGUUGUUAAGGUAGAAGAGAAGCAUGCACCACCUCCCUGUGUUGGAAGAAAGUUUGGGAAGAGUGUAGCACCACCUGCCCUUGUUGUUAAGGGAGAAGAGAAGCAUGCACCACCUCCCUGUGUUGGAAGAAAGUUUGGGAAUAGUGUAGCACCACCUGUCCUUGCUGUUAAGGUAGAAGAGAAACAUGCACCACCUCCCUGUGUUGAAAGAAAGUUUGGGAAGAAUGUAGCACCACCUGUCCUUGCUGUUAAGGUAGAAGAGAAGCAUGCACCACCUCCCUGUGUUGGAAGAAAGUUUGGGAAGAAUGUAGCACCACUUGUCCUUGUUGAUAAAAGAGAAGAGAAGCAUGCAUUGCCUCCCUGUGUUGAAAGAAAGUUUGGGAAGAGUGUAGCACCACCUGUCCUUGUUGUUAAGGUAGAAGAGAAGCAUGCACCACCUCCCUGUGUUGAAAGAAAGUUUGGGAAGAAUGUAGCACCACCUGUCCUUGUUGAUAAAAGAGAAGAGAAGCAUGCACCACCUCCCUGUGUUGGAAGAAAGUUUGGGAAGAGUGUAGCACCACCUGUCCUUGCUUUUAAAGAGAAGCAUGGAUCACCUCCCUGUGUUGGAAGAAAGUUUGGGAAGAAUGUAGCACCACCUGUCCUUGUUGAUAAAAGAGAAGAGAAGCAUGCACCACCUCCCUGUGUUGGAAGAAAGUUUGGGAAGAGUGUAGCACCACCUGUCCUUGUUGUUAAGGUAGAAGAGAAGCAUGCACCACCUCCCUGUGUUGGAAGAAAGUUUGGGAAGAAUGUAGCACCACCUGUCCUUGUUGUUAAGGUAGAAGAGAAGCCUGCUUCACCUCCCUGUGUUGGAAGAAAGUUUGGGAAGAGUGUAGCACCACCUGUCCUUGCUGUUAAAGUAGAGAAGCCUGCACCACCUCCCCGCAAUAUCAACAUGAAAACACAUAGAGUGUCCAUAUUUAGAGUUCCUUGUCCACCGCCGAGUGAAGCAACCACUGAUGAUAUCAUGAAGACGCCAGGAACACUAGAACUCAAAACAAUUAAUAAAAAAUCACCUUCACCUAAAGCUUCAACAUCCAGUGCAACCAGUGACCCCUCCAAACUUCCCAAUAUCCCAAUACCAAAACUGACACGGAGUCUUGGUAUUCCACCAAUUCCACAGAAGAAAACCAUACAGGUCCAGCAGCCAGAGGAGGAGUGGAAUCUGUCAAACAGAUCACCAGAGAGGAAGAGGAUUCUGUGGACAGACAGAGAGAAAGUAAAGCCAGUAGCAGAGAGGAAACCUCAGGGUUUUAAUCUGGCACCUACCCACACUUGCCCUCAUGUAGCGCCUGCUACCAUCAUAAGAUACAAGCGUAUGCUGAUAAGAUCCUUACCUUUUGGCCACAAUAGUCCUCUAUGUUCACAUCGCUAUGGAUUAUAAUUAAGACUCCUACAUGGGGAUGUUAAUAAUUAAUAAUUUAACCGUUAACCAACAAUAAGCAUUCGGAUCAAUAUUUGGUGCAUAAAUUAUUUACUUGCUAGUGCAAACGGUGAUGCGUCAACGACAAUGCAUGUAACAUCGGGGCUGUGCGACUGGUACAAGUCUACAGCCGUGCAUGGACGCUGAACAUGGAAAGUAUAUCUGAGCCUCCCAGGUGAACUAGGACUCAGUUGCCUGCUUGUUGGUUAACGGUUUUUAUACCAUGGUCUGGGUGAAUACUCAAUUCUGAUUGGCUGCAGGGUGUCCAU